UCCAAUGCGCGUACGAGCCGUGUGAGCAUUAGUAAACAAACCGCGUAAAUCGUAAAUAAAUAAACGAUUAAAAAUGGACAUUGAGUUAGGAUGUGAUGAUAACAUAAAAAAUAAUAAAAAUUUAACCGUGUUUCAUGAUCUCAAAUGCAAAAUUUCUGAUAAAGUAUUAUUUCGAAAAAGUAGAAGAUCGGGGGCGGAGGAACAGUACAUUCUGAAGGGCGUGUGCGGUGCUAUUCGCCCAGGAAGACUGACUUUCAUCCUUGGCCCUUCAGGCGCUGGCAAGACUACACUAUUAAAAAUACUAGCAGGACGCAAAAAUACCGGAGUAACUGGCCACCUCCAAGGGGCAGGUCGGAACAUCGUGCUUGUAGCACAGCAUGCCACUCUCAUAGACACCCUAACGGUGCGGGAGACACUCCAAUUUGCUGCCGCAUUGAAACUACCUCAUGCGAGCCGACAUGAACGUAUCAACACGAUGGAAUCGGUGUCGAAACAGCUAGGAAUACGUGAGGUGCUCGACACAAGAGCUGGACGCUUGUCGGGCGGUGAACGCAAAAGGCUGACCAUAGCAUGCGAACUGCUCACCGAUCCCACCGUUAUGCUGGUCGAUGAACCCACCAGCGGCCUUGACUCCGUAUCAUCCAUGUCAGUGGCCCAAGCUCUCAAAUCAGUGGCUAACAGCGGGAGAACAGUCGCCUGCGUGAUCCACCAACCUUCCUCCCAGUUGUUCGCUUCCGCUGAUGACGUCAUCCUCCUUUCCAAUGGCAGGACCUUAUAUGCCGGCGCAAUCGCAGAUGUUCCAGAGUUACUGAAGAAGUUUGGAUUUGUUUGCCCACUUUACUACAACCUAGCAGAUUUUCUUUUGGAAAUAGCAAGCAGCGGAUGUGCCAACAAUUUAUCACCUUUAGAACAAGAAGCCAACACAUACACAAAUGAAAUAAAAAAGAUUGCAGACAAAGAGGUUCAACACCGGAAUGGAAAAGAUAACUCAACUGAAGCAGAAGCCCUAUUAAGGCCGAAAAUAGAAUAUAAGGAAACGUACGCAGCCGGAUUCAGCAAGCAGAUGUGUGCACUACUACACCGAGGUUACUUAGGCGCUCUUCGAGAUGUCCAUCUGACGCAGAUAAGGAUCACCACCCACUUCGUAGUGGCAUUGCUACUGGGCGCACUGUACAAUGGAGCAGGGAACGAAGGCAGCCGCGUGAUGUCAAACACUGGAUGUCUCUUCUUCUUCUUGCUUUUCCUAUUUUUCUCAAACGCUAUGCCAACUAUACAGAAUUUUCCAGUGGAAUCGACUGUGGUGCUACAGGAGCACCUAAACAAAUGGUAUUAUUUGUCCACCUACUGCGCUUCUAAGAUAAUAGUGGAUCUGCCAAUACAGUUACUAUGUGCAACAAUAUUCAUCUUCCCGGCGUGGUACUUGACGUCGCAGCCACUGGAGGCCUAUAGGUUUGGGCUGGCUUGGGUCAUCUGCGCUCUAAUAACUAUACUAGCCCAAACCUUUGGACUAGUUGUAGGUGCUGCUUGUGGAGUCAAGCUGGGCCUCUUCGUCAUCCCCGCGUUAAAUAUACCGAUGUUAAUGUUUUCCGAAUUCUUCAUUCCUUAUCAAGAAAUGCCUUCAUACUUACAACCGUUCGCUGUAAUAUCGUAUUUCCGCUACGCGUUCGAUGCCUUCUUACAAACAGCGUACGGUUUUGGUCGGGCGAAAUUACCGUGCCAUAAAGUAUUCUGCGCAUUCAAGAAUCCGGACAAGUAUUUAAAUGAAUUGGGACUAUCACAAAACUAUACCAACGAUGUGAUAGCUCUGGUUGUAUGGAUUGUCAUUUUGAAAAUAUCGCUCAUAUGCGUAUUGAAAUACAGAGUUUACAAAGCGUGUAGAUAGCGUUAUGGUGGCUUUAACAAUCGGCGAUAAAGAUUUUAAAUAUAGCUAUGUAUUUCGCAAUAUUUUUAAUAUAUAAGGUCAAGGUGCUACUCGAUAGUCGUAACUACUAUAUAUAGGUAUAAGAAAUAAAACCCCAAAUCAAUACUGUGAUAUUCAUAUUACAGGGUAGAUAGUUCUUCAAAGUUUCAUUCGAUGGAAGGUUGAUAAACUCUCUACAUAUUAACGUCCAACUGCUGGGCCUCCACAUAGUAGAGCAUAAACCCCCCCACGCUGCUCCAAUGCAAGUUGGUGGGCUUUUACGACUAUUAUCAAAAGUUAGUGAUAAUAACCGAGGCAAGGGGGCAUGGCUGUCUGCUAGAUAAAAUAAGUUAGAAAUCCCUAAAUUAAAAUUGUGAUAUUCGUAUGUACAUAAUUGAUAGUGCUGUUAGGUUGGAUUUGGUGAACAAAAAAUUAUCUUUAUGACAGAUUUUGUAAUAACGUAGGUACCUACCUACUAAUAGUUAAUAUUUUUCAAACAUAUCAUACACUGCAAAGUAAUAAAAAUAUUGUUUAAAUAACAAGAAAACUAAGAAAAAAAGCGGUACACAGAGCACAAAUAUUUCGCCAAUGUCAUGUUAAAGGAGAAUAAACUGCUCAGAGCAUUACUUAUCAACUGGUGACUUGUAAUUAAUUUCGCCUUUGUCCAUUAUUUUCGGUAGUCAGCUUGAGAUAUAAAUAAUAAAUAUAAAUAAAUUUACUUUUUACGACAAUAAACACAUCAUCAUAUAGCCCCAAAGUAAGCAUAGCUUGUGUU